UAUGCAGGGAGGCUUACCCUGAUGCAGCCCUGCGCUUUCCUCUAUCUGUAUUAGCAGCUGUGAUAACGGUUGUGCAUUAUAAAUCAUGCGAGCAGUUUGCAGAGCAUUGUGGGAAAUUGCGUCCGACAGAGUAGCACAAGCGUGUUUAUAGUGAUAGAAGGCGCAACCGUCAAAUUAUUUACAUAGUUAGAUUAAGUAUCUCCAGACAAACCCUCGACUCUGUAUAUUUUUGUUAGUAUAGGAGAACAUAAAUUAUCCUGCUUAAAAAGCAGCGCCAUGAGCCUGUUGAUUCGCAACUUGCAAAGCGCCGUUCCGCUGCGUCGAGCCUGCCUACGCCGGGAUACCGAAGUUCUGCGGCGCAUCCUGGGCAUCCAGCGGUUCGAUCUGGGACUGAUCUGCGUGGACAACCGCAGGAUAUUGCGCAUCAACCGCACUUACAAGAACGCCGACAAGCCGACUGACGUCCUGAGCUUUCCUUUCUACGAGGACCUGCAGGCCGGGAAGUUACCAAGCAACCUUACCAAUGACGAUCUCAAUCUAGGGGACAUAUUCCUGGGGGUGGAGCUUAUUAUGCAGCAGUGCAUCGGGUCGCCAGAGGACUUCCAGAGCACCCUAACUAUUGUCACCACGCAUGGAAUCUGUCAUCUGCUCGGGUACAAACAUGACACGGAGGAAGAGUGGAUAAAGAUGUUCCAGGAAGAACACCGCAUCCUGAAGGAGUUUAACAGGCUGACAGGUAGCCAACUGGAGCCUCUUAGCAAGAGCUAUAUUUCAUGAAGGACCAUCAUCUGAGGCCAGACUCAGCUCGGCUGGACGUGCCACUGGGAAAAUGGUGUGCAAAGCAGGUUAAAGGUCUUUAAAACUGAUACACACUGAAUGCUGCACAGGUUGGGAAUGGGCAGUGGAUAAUCAUUACCAUAAAAAAGCAAAACAAAAUAGACUUUUGUAAUUUGGUGGAUGUCAAUGUUUUAAAUAAAAUAUUUAAUGUGCGCUUUGUAACUGUCACAAAGCUAAACAUCUCAGAAAAAGAAAAAGUUUUUCACAUUUUGUAAUAGUUUCAUGUUUUAUAUGAAAGCAGAUAUCUCUCUGCACUAUUGUUAAUGCACACCUUAGUGGUGGAUAAUGACCUGUUGCAACUGUAUUUACAAUAAGUGUUUGAGUCAUGGCAAUCCAACAACGCAUUAACAUUUAGUUUAUUUAGCUGAUGUUUUUGUCCAAAGCAACAUACAAUAAGGCAAAUGGCACAGUUCGAGGAGUCAAUGACAGUGCCUUGCAAAUAUAUCCCCCUUGAUGUUUGUCCUGUUUUGUCACAAUACAAGCUGGAAUUAAAAUGGAUUUUGGGGGGGGGGGGGAGCGGUUAGCACUAUUUGAUUUACACAACGUGCCUACCACUUUAAAGAUGCAAUUAUUUUUAUUGUGACACAAACAAUAAUUAAGAUAUCAGAAAUCUUGUGUGUGCAUACUAUAGGUAUUCACCCCCACUUUGUAGAGCUGCUUUUUGCUGCAAUUACAGCUGCGAGUCACUUGGGAUACAUCUUUAUUAGUUUAGCACAUCUAGCCACUGAGAUUUUUGCCCAUUCCUCAAGGCAAAACUGCUCCAACUCCUUCUAGGUAGAUGGGUUGCGUUGGUGUACAGCAAUCGUCAAGUCAUGCCACAGAUACUCAAUUGGACUGAGGAGCCAUUCUAAGAUAUUUGCGUGUUUCCUUUCAAACCACUCCAGUAAAGCUUUAGCAGUAUGUUUAGGGUCAUUGUCCUGCUAGAAUGCGAACCUUCGUCACAGUCUCAAAUGUCUAGCUGACUCAUGUUUUCCUAAAGAGUUGCCCUGUAUUUAGUGCCACCCAUCUUUCCUUCAAUCCUGACCAGCUUUCCUGUCCCUGCAGAUGAAAAACACCUAUACAGCAUGACGCUGCCACCACCUUGCUUCACUGUGGGAAUGGUGUUCCUAGGGUGAUGGGAAGUGUUGGGUUUGCACCACAUAUUGUGUUUCCCACGAUGACCAAAAAGUUACAUUUUGGUCUCAUGUGACUAGAGAAUAUUCUUCCUUGUGUUUGGGCAGUCUGUCACAUGCUGUUGGGCAAACUCCAAAUGGAUUUUCUUAUUUUUUUCCUUUAAGGGACGGCUUUUUUCUGGCCACUCUUCCUGCUCUGUACAUAAGUCGGAAUCACGACUUAUGAAGUUAUUCGGUAGGACCAGCUCUUAUUUAGAGGUUUCAAAGCAAACGGAGUGAAUACCUAUGCAUACUCAAGAUUUCUGUUUCUUCAUCUUAAUUGUUGUUUGUGUAAUAAUAAAAAAUAUUUUGUACCUUUUAAAGUGGUAGACAUGUGUAAAUCAAAUGGUUCGAACCCCAAUUUUAUUUAUCUAUCAUGUAUUUGUAUUUGGUGAAAUCUGAGUUCAGAAGUAGUUAUUGACCAAAGUGCUUAUUGUUCAUUCGUACU